AUGGUGGUGACGGGGAAUGACGCUGAAGUACCAGCGACGAAGGAGGAGAUACCGCAUGAUCAUCUAUUCAAAGUAACCGGCUUGUCAUCGACGAAUUUAGAGAAGCUAGCGCAAGAGACCGCUGCUGAUUUCGAGACAGCUAUCGCGGCAACCAGCUACGGUCGCUUCAAUAUCCUGUUGAUGCUGUGCUCUCUGCCAGCGUUCUGGAGUGCCGUCUCCGUCACCAGCUCGGUGUCGUACAUCUUCACGAGUGCCCAGUGUGACAUGGAACUCAGCCUCCUUGACAUGGGCACAGUUAACGCCAUCACUUAUGGAGGUAUGAUCUCAUCGGCCAUGGUGUGGGGUUUCCUGUCGGACACCCUGGGCCGCCGCCGCAUCAUGGCCAUAGGAUUCUUAUUCUCCGGUUUACUGGAGAUGGCUGCUGCCUUAAGCCAGAACUUCAUCAUGCUGCUACUCACCAGAUUCGCUAGCGGAUUCUUAUUCAACGGUCCAUUCGCUGUCCUACUCUCGUACCUGGCGGAAGUGCAUCGGACCGAGUUGCGCGCGCGCGUCAUACUCCUCACCAGCCUGUUCUACACGGUGGCCAACAUCACCCUGCCACUGUUGGCAUGGGCGAUCCUCACACAGGACUGGCACUUCUUCAUCUACGGGAAAGAAAUCGUGAUUCACAGUUGGAACCUGUUCCUGCUGGCAACGGCUCUUGUUCCCCUACUCACUGGGUUUGCGUUCCUCUGUCUGCCGGAGAGUCCGAAAUUUUUAAUGUCAAGAGGCCGCAACGAGGAGGCCUUAAAGAUCUUCAGGAAGAUCUACAGCAUGAACACUGGUCGACCGGAGAAUGAAUAUCCUAUAAUGCUACUAGUUGAAGAAAAAUCUGAGGAGCAAGGUCAAGGGUUCGCAGCGCUGAAGGGUGGUGUGGCCCAGCUCGCCCCCCUUUUCCGAGCCCCUCAUCUCAAGUGGCUUGUUUUGAUCUGCGUUAUACACAUGGGGUGCAUGUUUGGAUCGAACACCAUCCGUCUGUGGUACCCGCACUUGGCUGCUAUGAUAGACUCCAAGAAUGGCAGCCUGUGCGCAGCCAUCGCGCCCGUGGUCUCCCCACCAGCCGGGGGCUGCACCCCUCUCCACACGGACAUGCUCACGUAUCUACAGAGCGCCGUGGUGGGCGCCGGCUCGGUGAUCACCUAUAGCAUCGGCGGUGCAUUGAUAAACAAAUGCGGCAAGAGGAUAGUGGUGAGUUGUUGCGGCGUGAUGAGCGCGGGCGCGGUGGUGCUGCUGCCGGCGGCGGGCGUGGACGGCGCGUGGGUCGCGGCGCUGGUCACCUCCGCGCUCGCCUUCACCUCGCUCUACGGCGCCGCGCUCUCCAGCGUCACCGUCGAUCUGUUCCCCACCUCACUCAGGGUAUUGGCGAUGGCAACGUUCCUUAUGUGUGGUCGGUUAGGUACUAUAGUUGGUACAGUAGCUUUCCCCGCGCUUAUAACCUUCGGAUGCUGGCCACCAUUCAUCACUAUUGCAGCCGUCUUAGGAGUGUGUGGGCUAUCGUGUUAUUUCCUUCCGAAUACCACACUGAAGAAAUUGGAAUGA